AUGGAACAAAGUCUCCUUGUAGCAUUUUUAACUUCGGAUGAUGUGUUGGAGAUGAACACCGCGAAAUAUUUCAAUAAGCGUAACAAUAAUUCAUUUCUCUACCACAGACGACGAAUAAACGCCUACAUUAAUCUUACUUGUCUAAAGCUUCAACGGCAAUUCAUUAGAAAGAAAAAUGUCUUCGAGAAAUCUUCUAAUAAGCAAAGGGAGGAAUUGAUUAUGAUUGGAAUGAAUAAAUCUUUCAUGAAGAAUAAAUCAAUUUGUGUGAAGGAAUUUCUUGUGAUGGCCGCCCUUUGA